AUGGCCGUCAAGAUCCCUGUGACUGACAGGGUCCUCAGAUCAGGGGCUAGACAGCUUGCCGGCCCCAAGGUCACUGCCGUGGUUAACCCAAAGGCCACCCCCAAACCAAAGGCCACCCCCAAACCAAAGGCCACCCCCAAACCAAAGGCCGCCCCCAAACCAAAGGCCGCCCCCAAACCAAAGGCCGCCCCUAAGCCCAAAGGCCGCCCCCAAACCAAAGGCCGCCCCUAA